CCGGGGAGAGCAUUGACAGAGCAGGGAGUCCACCUGCAGGUCAGGGACCGGUGGCGCAAGCGGCGUUGGCUGGGACGGGGGUCCGCCAGGAACCGGGAAGUACGCCGAUGUCGUUGGCCGCCACUGCCUCCGCCAACAUCCGCCGGGAGCAGGAGCGAGAGCAGGAUAAGGGCGGGGAUGAGGGCGAGCACGAGCGCGAGGAGGUGCCUGAGUGGUGGUUCUUCCCCUUCCUGCUUCUCACAGCGGCGUACAGCGCGGUCAGGCCCCGUCGGAGUGGAAGCACCUCGACUCUUCGGACGGGCCGUCUAAAAAGCGGAAGGGCGGGGACGUCACCGUGGACCCUGAAAACCCCGUGUGCAGCCCCGCGGUGAUGUUUCGCCUCAACCCCAACGGCGACGCUUUGAGCCGCCGCCAACACUUCGCCGCAAUCAAGCAAGUGAAGGAGCAGGAGAGGAAAGCAGCGGCCGACAAGGAACUUCAAGAAGCCCGGAAAGAAGCCCUUGAGACGAAGAAGAAGGGCCUGGCCGCCUUAGAGGCUGCGAACACACACGUCGAGUCCAUUGGCGCGAGCACGAAGAGGAUGGUCGAGCUCAAGGAGGCGGAGGCUGUGGGCAUCAAGCCCCGGAAAGAAGCCCUUGAGACGAAGAAGAAGGGCCUGGCCGCCUUAGAGGCUGCGAACACACACGUCGAGUCCAUUGGCGCGAGCACGAAGAGGAUGGUCGAGCUCAAGGAGGCGGAGGCUGUGGGCAUCAAGCGUGAGAACAAGAUCAAGGCCCUCGAGGAAAAAAACUCCUCCGCCUCGAGUUCUUGCUAA